AUGACCGUGUUGAAGCCUGCGCAUGCCAAUUCCUGCGAGGUUCUUGGCACUUUGCUGGCUGUGUCAUAUGGGUUCGACGGUGGAUGGGGCCUGAACCCUUCACUAGCUGGUGGAAUCAAGAUGCAAGGCAAGGGAGGCCUGCUGGACCACAGUUUGUCAGAGCUGUGGGUGGCUGGGAGGAAGCAAUUCUUGGAGAAGAGUGAUCUCUUCGACAGGCAUUUGCGAAAAGAUACGGCGAAGCUGUUGGCCGCUGAUGAGGAGUUGAACGAGAUCGAGACGGGAACCUGGGAGAAAAAGCUCCAAGAGCUCAGAGGCAGAACGGGCAAGCUGCUGUUGAAACUGAAGGAAGAAGAGGAAGGUCUGAAGCAGGAUGAGGAAAAGCUUGCUCGCUACCGGGAUGUGAUUGGAACAGUAAACGAUGCUCUUGGGCAAUUGAAGUUGAGCAAGGAAUGA